UGACUUCCCAAAUUAGUAUAUAUAUAAUUUAUCCUGGAAGAUUCGUUUCGAUACAGCCUCAAUUAAAAAAAACUACAAAUUUUGACAAAAUUUUAAAUACAAGUGAGUUCUGACUCAAGUUGUACUUGAGAAGGACAUAAUGCUAUUGGAGUAGAGUUACUGUUGAUUCCACAAGGUUCUAGCUGGUUGAUCUGGGUAGGGUUAUGGCUCCUGGGGCGGAUGAGGCAUUGGAUAAGUUUCUUGGGGUUCUUCGGGGAUUGGUUCCUCAGGUUGAGGUUCAGGAGCAGGUUCAUCUGGUUCUGGAUAUACAUAUGGGCCUUCGGGUGAUUCAGGUGCAGGCUCUUCUGGUUGGGGUUCAGGAGCAGGCUCUUCUGGUUGGGGUUCAGGAGCAGGCUCCUCAGGUUGCGGUUCAGGGGCAGGUUCCUCCGGUUGAGGUUCAGGAGAAGGCUCUUCUGGUUGAGGUUCAGGUGCAGGCUCUUCUGGUUCGGGUUCAGGAGCAGGUUCUUCUGGUUGUGGAUGUACAUAUGGCCCUUCAGGUGACUCAGGUGCUGGUUCUUCUGGUUGAGGUUCAGGAGCAGGUUCCUCCGGUUGAGGUUCGGGUGCAGGUUCUUCCGGUUGAGGUUCAGGAGCAGGCUCUUCUGGUUGUGGUUCAGGAGCAGGUUCCUCCGGUUGAGGUUCGGGUGCAGGUUCUUCCGGUUGCGGUUCGGGUGCAGGCUCUUCUGGUUCGGGUUCAGGAGCAGGUUCCUCCGGUUGUGGUUUUACAUAUGGUCCUUCAGGUGACUCAGGUGCUGGUUCCUCCGGUUGAGGUUCAGGAGCAGGUUCCUCCGGUUGAGGUUCAGGAGCAGGUUCCUCCGGUUGAGGUUCGGGUGCAGGUUCCUCCGGUUGAGGUUCAGGUGCAGGUUCUUCCGGUUGCGGUUCAGGGGCAGGUUCCUCUGGUUGAGGUUCAGGAGCAGGUUCCUCUGGUUGAGGUUCGGGUGCAGGUUCCUCCGGUUGAGGUUCAGGAGCAGGUUCCUCUGGUUGAGGUUCGGGUGCAGGUUCCUCCGGUUGAGGUUCAGGAGCAGGCUCCUCUGGUUGUGGUUCAGGAGCAGGUUCCUCUGGUUGAGGUUCGGGUGCAGGUUCCUCCGGUUGAGGUUCAGGAGCAGGUUCCUCUGGUUGAGGUUCGGGUGCAGGUUCCUCCGGUUGAGGUUCAGGAGCAGGCUCCUCCGGUUGAGGUUCAGGAGCAGGUUCCUCCGGUUGUGGUUUUACAUAUGGUCCUUCAGGUGACUCAGGUGCUGGUUCCUCCGGUUGAGGUUCAGGAGCAGGUUCCUCUGGUUGGGGUUCAGGAGCAGGUUCCUCCGGUUGAGGUUCGGGUGCAGGCUCUUCUGGAUGAGGUUCAGGAGCUGGCUCUUCUGGUUGGGGUUCAGGAGCUGGCUCUUCUGGUUGGGGUUCAGGAGCAGGCUCUUCUGGUUGGGGUUCAGGAGCUGGCUCUUCUGGUUGGGGUUCAGGAGCUGGCUCUUCUGGUUGGGGUUCAGGUGCAGGCUCUUCUGGUUCUGGAUAUACAUAUGGGCUUUCGGGUGAUUCAGGUGCAGGCUCUUCCGGUUGAGGUUCAGGAGCAGGCUCUUCUGGUUGAGGUUCAGGAGCAGGCUCUUCUGGUUGAGGUUCAGGAGCAGGUUCCUCCGGUUGAGGUUCAGGAACAGGCUCCUCAGGUUGUGGUUCAGGAGCGGGUUCGGGAGCAGGAUCUGGUGAUUCCUGUGGAGUAUUGGUUGUAUCAUCUACUUGGUCACUCUCAUCAGAUACCGAUGAAAUUGAAUAAUCCGAUUUAUCUGCACUUUGUCGCCUCCAUGCAGGAAAACGUCUUACUUCAAUAUCUCCCUCAUCGGCUACUUCUCCACCAUUAUCUGCCUCUGGGAUUGUUCCAAAAACUGGAUGAGGUUUACUUCCAAGGCCUACUCCAUUGUUGUACUCUCUGUCGGCUCUCCUAGCAAAUUGGUUGCGGUAAAAUAAGCUCGCUGAAUCCCCAAAUGAAUAGAGAGUCACAAGAAAUACAAGAACUAAAAAACUUUUCAUUGCACUUAACUUUGCAGGUUCCAGAUGAAACCGUGGUAUUGAUGUGAU